AUGGCCUUGAAUCUGAUCUCUUCAUAUGACAGCGAUUCGGACAGUGUUUCUAGCGGCGAUGAGAAGCCACCAGAUGCAGAACAUGUUUUGGAAGAUGAGGCAAGUCAGUCGGCGGGGAAACAAAAGUGUUCAUUUUUCUUCGGUGGUGAGGAAGGAAGUAGCACUGAUGAAGAAAAGGAUCAGUUAGCGGAAACGCAACCUCUCGAGAGAAAUGAGUGUGGCUCAUCAUCUCGUCUUCUUCCAAGCGCAGGUUCAGUUCUGAAAGGCAAAUAUGUGGGUUCCAGUGUAUUUUCGAGUGAACGUGAACAAGAGGAUCUUGUACAACAAUUUACACUCAGCCAACAUGUACCGUUGACCGAGAAGGUGGAAACGAAAAAGAAACCAUUAUGUCGUGCGUUUCAACGUGGUGAAUGCAGACGAGGUAACAAGUGUCGAUUUGCGCACCCAACUGCUCCACAAACACCAAAAGAUGCUGCAACAUUGGCUGGAGCCCCGAAAAUGUACAACGCUGAUGAUAUUUUUGCGAAGAAGGCAAAAAUUUCUUACCCGAUGAUACAACUCAUCAUUCCACUGCUGUUGUUUUAUUUCAUCUAUCAUUUUUACUGGAAACGACGGAACUUACCACCAGGUCCUACUCCUCUACCUUUUAUUGGAAAUCUUCUCACGAUUAGACUUAACGAUCCCGGCUAUGGUGCAUACGAGAUUUGGCGUAAACAGUACGGUCCGAUUUAUACUGUUUGGAUAGCGUCCCUCCCAUUAGUGAUCAUCAGCGACUACGGUACUCUGAAAGAAACGUUUGUCAAAGAUGGUGAUGCGUUUGCUGGGAAAUUUCAGGUGCAAGAAUUUUCAAAUGUUUUCAGAGGUGGCAUUUACGGUAUUGUGGAUACGGUUGGUGAAAUGUGGCGCGAUCAUAGACGAUUUGCUUUACAUAUUCUUAGAGAUUUUGGACUCGGCAAGGAUGGGAUGGAACAGAGGAUUCUUCUGGAAAUGGAAGCGAUGACGGAAACAUUGAACGACCAUCUUGGAAUUGAAUUGAAUUUACAGGAUGUAUUUGAUGUGGCGGUAGGAUCAGUGAUCAAUCAACUUUUGUUUGGUUAUCGGUUCGAUGAGGAACACAUUGACGAAUUCCGCCAAAUGAAAACUCUGAUCUCCCGACAAAUGCGCAUUUUCGCAGGACCGGGGGCUACGAUGCUGUUCGUUAAUCCAUGGUUGAAGCAUUUCCCAUACUUCAACACGUUGUUCAAAACUUUGAUCGACCAUCGUGAUGCCUUUUAUUCGUUUUUCGACAAACAAAUUGAAGCGCAUAGUAAACAUGUGGAUUACGAUUCCGAAGGUGCUAAAGACUAUGUGGAAGCUUAUCUGAAGGAGAAGAGGCGAAGAGAAGAAGCCGGUGAUAAAGAGUCUUUCAGUCACGUCCAGUUGCAAAACGUCUGUCUGGAUCUUUGGAUUGCUGGGAUGGAAACCACUUCGAACACAUUGUCGUGGGGUAUUGUCUACGUCCUGAACCAUUUAGAUGUGCAGACCAAAAUCCAUGAAGAACUGGACCGUGAGAUUGGUUCAGCUCGACCGGUUACGAUGUCCGACAGGAAUUCCCUACCGUAUCUGAACGCAGUUAUUAACGAAAUUCAACGGAUGGCCAAUUUGGUGCCGUUGAAUUUGAUACACGAAACAACACGAGACGCAUCGGCAGGAAAAUGGUGUCUUCCUGCGAAAACUGCUGUUGUCGCUCAAAUUAGCACUGUUCUCUAUGAAGAAAAGAUUUUUCCUGAACCUCUCACUUUCAAUCCGUCAAGGUUUAUCGACGAUUCCGGCAAAUUGAAAAAGAUUGACGAACUGAUCCCUUUUUCCAUUGGAAAACGACAAUGCUUGGGUGAAGGUCUAGCGAAGAUGGAGCUAUUUUUAUUUAUUGCAAAUUUAUUCAAUCGAUUUGAGUUGUCAUCGAUUGAUCCGAAAAACCCACCGACAAUGAGGAAAACGUUCGGUACAACAGUAAAGCCUUUUGAUUACCAAUGCAUCGUAAAGGCUAGAGCUUUGUGA